CCCUUACCUUUCAGGCCCCGCCUCUCAGGCGGAAGCCACGCCCCUACCCAACAUCGAAUCGCGGGCCAAUCACCACGCGAGGCUUUGUCCGGCUGGAGGCGUUCGGGUUUCUUGGGUUUCAAUGCCGUGGCACGUGCUGUGUCAAGAUCGAGGAUCGUGAAGGACGCUACCGGACAGUUGGAGGCAGUCGCCAUCAGCAGCGCAGAGGCGGGUGGGCAUCUUCUUCCAGGCAGGCUCUUUCAGAAAUGUCUGAAGACACGGUCGAGAACAUGGAAGAAAUGUUGGAGCUGUCCAGCAACAACCACGUGCCGGACCUCCUGCGGGAGCUGUGCGAGCUGCGCGAGAAAGGCUCCUUCUGCGACGUCGUUGUGGAAGUGCAGAGCCGGCGAUACCUGGCCCACAAGGCCUUGCUGAGCAGCACCUGCAGGUACUUCCGGAGCCUCUUCCUCGACGUGCCCUGCAGCUCCAUGGGGCCCUUCCUCGUCGACUUCCUGACCAUGAGGACUUUCGAGUUGGUCGUGAACUUCAUUUACAAGGGGCAGAUCCGUGCGAGCCGUAAGGAGAUGCGGGGACUUUGCUACGCAGCCGUGGACCUCGGGAUGGACUGUCUGGCUGAAGCUUGCAAACCCUUCAACUUGGUCGAGGAUAUUGAGAAUGACAUGGAAAACGACGACUGUGGCAGCAUUGAGCAGGGAACGCAAGCCUUCACUGAGGAUUUACAUGGCAACGAUGGGCAGAAAGACCGUACAGAUGUCCCCGCAAUGCCAGCCAUUGAGGACAAGGCCGUUCUGGUGAAUUGUUCCGUGUCAAAAGACAUCAACAUGAACAACGCCAUACCCUUGGAAGAUGGGUGUGACAAAAUCAGAAAUGCCUCCACAAUGGUUGGUGAAAUCAAGAUUGAGCCUUUGGAAAGUGAGGGUGCUGCUGGUGGGGAUGAAAACAUUGAAGAGGCUUACAGAGAAUUUGAUAACCUGAAUAUUAAGUUCGACGGCAAGGUGGAGCGAGUGAAAGAGGACUCGUACGUGGCCAAGCCCAUCGGUUACCACCAGCUCAAUGAACCCUAUACACAGUUCGCGGAUGACAUCCCCAUGGGCAUCCCGUGCCAGGUGUGCGAUGAGUUCAUUGGCGAGAGCGACGACUGCGUGAGGGGGCACGCGCGCUCCGUGCACUUGGACGUGGCGGCCAUGAGCUGCAGGAUCUGCGGCAAGAAGUUCCGGCUGCUGAACAACGCCGAGCAGCACGUGGUGCUGCACAUGGGCGUCACCGCGCUGCACUGCCACGACUGCCGCAAGCAGUUCUACUCGGAGGAGCGGCUCAUUCUGCACCGCGCUCAGAGCUGCGGAAAGAAGCUCAAGGCGCCGUGGCAGGGUGGCCGGUUGGCGCGCGCCGACCCCGCGGCGACGGGGGUCAGGGCGGCCUCGUCGUCUCUUCCGUCCCUGCCGCCGGCGCCGGCGCCGCCGCAAUCGGCGGCGCCACUGGCGCCCGGCAACAGCGUGGUGUGGUGCCGGACGUGCGGCGAGAUGGUGUUCAAGUCGAUGACGGCGCUGCGGUCGCACGCACGCACGCACGUGGACACCUCCUCGCUGCUGUGCAACGUGUGCGGCCAGCAGUCGACCUUCAUCAGCAACCUCAUCAAGCACGCGCUGCUCCACGUGGGCGUAUUCCUGUACGAGUGCGAGACGUGUGGCAAGCGCUUCCUGAUGCGCUGCCGCUUGAUCGUUCACCAGAGAGGCUGCCGGGGCAGCAGGGCCGGCGCGCAGGCCAGUGCCGUGGCCAACAGCUACUGAUGGGAGGGAAGUCUGUGGGGUUGGACUCUGGCCCAUGAUGUAACUUUGUGACUUAUAUGAGGCAGCACGAUACAGAUGUUGGUUUUUUUUAAUGCACACUCCCAUCCGUAAGUUCAUAAAGUAAAAAAUAGUGCAACAACUGUUGCAGCGAUUUCCACAAAAUUGCCCCAGUGUAUUCUACAGGCAUUCAGGCACUUUAGUUCAGUGGUUUUCACCUUUACUGCAGCCUCCACCCCUUUGGUUCUCAGAAAGGGCAUCUCACACCCCAAGGGGUGCGUGCACCCCAGGUUAAGAACCACUGCUUUAAUUACACAAAUAUGGACACUUAAAAGAAAUCUAAAAUCAUUUUCCAAAUGGGGCUUUCAUAGACACCAUAAUAAUAAGUUGCAGCCCUUCAUACAAUUUCUGGAUUAAGGCCUGUCAACGCCUUGUGAGCCAUGAGGGAGGGAUGUUUGAUGAUACUUCACCACGCUGGUCAGUGCGGGUUGUGAAACGUAGGCUCAGAACUAGUUCGCCAUGUCGCUCGCUACUGAUGUUACUCAUAAUCGAGUGUCAAAGUCAGGCUGCUAGGUUUGUGGCAUUGAAAGAAACCACUGCACGACCCUCCAUCCGUAGUUUAUAAUUCUGAAGAUGUGUUUUUUUUCCUUAAGUGCACAUAUUUUCAUAAUAUUUGGCAGUAAUUGUGGAAGCGAAGGUUCUUCGUUUAAUAUACUUUUGUGUGUACACACGUUUUCACAUAGUGCUUUGUUGAGUAUAUAAACAUAAAUUGUAGCUUCAGCAAGCGAUUUGAGGUGAAAGUCAAUUUUGUUUUCGGUAGGCAUGUCAAUUCACAGUGGACAGGAGUGGACUUGGAGGAUUAGUCGGCACAAUUUGUUUGAAAAUGAGAGAGAUUUAUACUAUUUAUUAUUUUCACAAACAAUUUAAUAAUGCCUCAACCGGAGGUUUAGUUACGUGCUUGAUAUAACGUAAAUCAGAAAAGCAAUGCACGUGAGUGUGUGCUUUUCAUAUUUAAUCAAAAUAACUAUUUGACUCCCAUUUGCAGGUUACCCAAUUUCUGCCUGUGUAAGUUAACGAUCUGCAGAAACCUUUGAGACAGCAGGACAAUGGAAAACUCUUAAACAGUCUCUCAGUACCCAAAUGGUAUCUUUGAAAAGGCUUAACUCAGCCCUCCCACCCACCCACUUUCCUUUCUGGCUCCCCCCCCCCCCUAACCUAGAUAUAAACCCGAUCGUCUCAGAGCUGUGCACUUGACAGAUAUUCUUCUGUGACUAUUCCACCUGAAGACGGAAGCUUGUGUUGCCUCUGAAACGUCGUGAAUAAUUGUUUUCUUUUAUUUUGUUUUAUUUUAUCUACGUGGCUUUACCGACUAAAACCAAAUGGUAUCUUUGAAAAGCACCAGAAAAGACCCCUGCCUACCAUGUAAUGCGCACCCCUACGUGAGAGGUGUGGGUGGACAGAGCUGAUUUGAGCAUCUCGGCAUCUCAAGGACUGUCUUGUCAAACAGGUUUUUUUAUGGAACUCCUUCCAUUGUUAUAACAACUACAACAAAUCAGUAGUUUGAUCCUAAAUGGGCAUACCGUCCUAUUCUGAUGUGCGUGUACUCUCCUGUAGUCUAUUUAAUAGCACACAACAGUUGCCCAUUGCAUGUGCAAAAGUUAUCUCAGCCUUAUGCAGACCGCCUGUUUAAAAUAACUGAACGUGUGGCUAUAAUGUUGGUUAGACCACCAACAAUGGCCACACACCCAAUUCUUUUGAGCUGGGGGUCUGGAUAAGGCUGAAGCUUUUGUAUGUACAAUGCGCACCUAUCUGUUGUUGAAUCUGUGUUUUCCCGUCUGCAUUUUUUUUAUGAGAUGUGUUUGCUCUUCAUUUACACAUUUUAAUUAUCUUGUGGUAAUAGUCGAGUGAGUAGGAUGAGGCAUCACUGCUAAGGCACACAACCUUUAAAGCUAUAUAGUACUGUAGCUGCAAAGAUACUUGAGUCGAAAUUUGGGAGACACACUGGUGUUAAUGUGCACAUCUAACCAAUAUGUGAUCAUCUGAGGAAAUAGCUGCUGAAAUAUUUGAUACACGUUAGACUAGGAAUGCAAAGUGUGUGGCUUCAAUCAUUUGUCAUUUUAGUACUUUGUGUGCAUUGUUUUCACCUUUGCAAAACAUUUAUGCUCCGAAUUGCAACAUUCUUUUGAUGAACGAUCUCUAUACAGUGUAUAUGUAUAUAUUUUAAUAAGAAAAUAUCCACGCUUUAUGGAUACUUGGCCAGCAGAUCUGGAACGUAAUUCAAUAAAUAAAACGAAUGAACUGACGUUAUUUUUUUUAGAAUACACGUUAUGUUUAUUAUUAUUUAAGGUAGAACAUGGGAUGAAACCAUCAUAGCCGAAUUCAAUCCGACCUGAAGCUGAGCUUCCAAAUUCAAAAGCGAAUCUGGCCAAACCCAAAAUGUGUUUUCAAUUCACAAAGAACAAAACGAGGACAAUUACAACACGCAACUACUUACAAUUG